CGACAAGCUGCAUUACCCAAUUACGAUAGAUCUACAGCGAAGCUUCCCAAUAAGGGAUUUGUAAACUCGUCAUCUUUCUAAUAAUUCUGUUUUCUGCCGAAAUCCUGCUUUCUACACCCCCAAUUCACACUUUCCAUCUUCCUCUGCCCGUCAUUUCAAACCCUAAUUCAACCCUAUUGGAUUUCAUUAGUUACUCCAUCGCUUGUUUCGGCUACCCUUGUAUCUGAAUUUCACCAUGAGAGAAAGAAAGAUUGCCAAACUUAAUGCCGACAAGCAGCAACAAGAUCAGACCGAUCACAUCUCCCCUUUUAAGUUCGCAAAAUUGCUCGAUCCGGAAGCUUCUUGGGACAAGGAUCAAUUAGGGGAUGUACUGCAUUGGAUUCGGCAAGUGGUCGCCUUGGGAUGUGGAUUGCUGUGGGGUGCCAUUCCAUUAAUUGGUGGCCUUUGGAUUGGAAUUUUCCUUCUUUUGUCGUCGGGCAUAAUAUAUGGAUAUUAUGCGCUUGUACUCAAAGUUGAUGAAGAAGAGUUUGGGGGUCAUGGAGCUCUCCUCCAAGAAGGGCUUUUCGCUUCUUUUACGCUCUUUCUGCUUGCUUGGGUUUUGGUAUACAGUUUGACACACUUCUGAUGAAUAAACUUCAAACAGAGUUUAUUAUGUACCUUUCUCAAGAUGGUUAGUUAAGAGUAAUUUGCCUUCCUCCCGUUGACUGAUAAAAAUGCUCAGAUUUCUGUAUUCGUUUUUCACUGUACCAUACCCAAUUAAUCGACUGCCUGAACCGUUACCAUAGCAGAUAACAUUGCAGUCUUCACAAGUUAUUCUUUUUUUCCUUCUAUAAAUGGGAUUUUUCCGCCUUU